AUGCCUGGCGUCAUUGCAGAGCAAGCGCCUGCGAAGGCCCGCAAGCCAACCAAGAAUGAGCAGCGUCGAGCGAAGAAGAAGCAGCAGAAGCGAGAGGAAUCUGCGACACCAGCACCAGAGACACCAGCGGCGACCAACGGGACAGCACCAGCCGAAGACGCCGACGCGAAUCACCCUGUGAAGCCUGUCCAGCCGUCACCCAAAGACCCCGAACAAGAUGUGCCCGAUAUCGAAAGUUAUGACAUCCCCGCCGACGAUCCGCUCUUUACGCAGUACGCGAACGUCUUCGCCAAGUUCGAGGACGAAGGCAAGACCGAUCCUGCAUUCCAAGAGCCCGACAAGCCUGAAGUAUACUACGACGACGAUGACAACAUCCAAGGUGAAGAUGAGGAAGAGGAGACACAGCAGCGUUUGUCGAAGAAGGCGCGCAAGGCUGCCAACAAGCUCUCGAUUGCUGAGUUGAAGGCCAUUGUGAAAAAGCCCGAGACGGUAGAGUGGACCGACACGUCAGCACAAGACCCGAAGCUGCUUGUUAAUAUCAAGAGCGCGAGGAAUGUGGUGCCUGUUCCGAAUCACUGGUCAUUGAAGAGGGAAUACUUGAGCAGCAAGCGCGGUAUUGAGAAGGCGGGAUUUGCGUUGCCGAAGUUCAUCGCUGAGACCGGUAUCAGCGACAUGCGCGAUGCUGUGCUCGAGAAGCAGGCUGAGGCUAGUCUGAAGCAGCGCCAGCGCGAGCGUGUGCAGCCGAAGAUGGGAAAGCUCGAUAUUGACUACCAGAAGCUGUACGAGGCGUUCUUCAGGCGGCAGACGAAGCCUUCGCUCACCGGUUAUGGAGAAGUGUACUACGAGGGCAAGGAAUUUGAGACAAACUUACGGCAUUUGAAGCCUGGUGAGCUGUCAGAGGAGCUGAAGGAGGCGUUGAACAUGCCGCCAGGUGCUCCCUCGCCGUGGCUUAUCAACCAGCAGAAGAUUGGUCCACCGCCUUCCUAUCCUGCCCUCAAGAUUCCAGGCCUCAAUGCGCCGCCACCUGUCGGUGGCCAGUGGGGUUUUCAUCCUGGUGGGUGGGGCAAGCCUUCGCUGGAUGACCAGGGCAAGCCGAUAUGGGGUGGCGAUGUCUUCGGCGUUGGCAAGACUGACCCGGAGGCUCAAAGGAAGAUUGAAGAAGAGAGAGCGCGUGCUCAGGCGGUCGAUCGUACAUUGUGGGGCGAGCUGCAGCCGCUACAAGAGGAAGAGGAAGAACCUGAGGAAGAGGAGGAAGACGAGGGUGAAGACGAAGGUGAGGGUACGGAAACGCCUUUCAGCCAGACCGAGACGCCGGAUCGGAUCUACAGCACCGUGCCUACGGAGUUUGGAACGCAAAGCAUGGCCGAGGAGUUCAACUUACGCAAGCAGAGGCGUGGGACGGAAACAGAGGAGUCGAAUCAUCCGCGUGCUGCUGGGCAGGUGUUGCAAGAGCGGAACAUCCGCGCGGAGGGUUUCUUUGGUGGCGAGCGCGCAUACGAUCUCGGCGGCCAGCGCAAUCAGUCGAACGUUCCGGUUCUCGGCGAGCGCGACGAACGUGGACGCAAGCGGAAGGCUGGCGAUCUGGAUGUGAGUAUGGAUCCGGAUGCGUUGGAGAGGGAUGAUAAGAUGAGCAAGGAGCAGGUGCAGCGGCAGUACGAGGCGUCGAGGUCGCAGCAGGGUGGUGGUGGAUGGCAAGGAGGUGCAGUGAAUCAGGAGGAUUUGAGUCAGAUGAUUGCGGAGGAGAGUGCGAAGAGGCAGAAGAAGGAUCGUGAGAAGAACCGGGAGGGCGGGCGCAGGGGGCGGUAG